UGGAUUCUCUCUGCACAAAGACCCUGACAAUAACUUUAUUUUUAGAGUUAGUUACACUGGAUGUUUUGUCCAGCAACGGAAUGGCUAUCAUGUGCUGACACUAAAUUUGGUGAAGAGGAUAAACAGAUUUGGAGGAAGACCUCAUAGUUUCAUGAUGAAGUGUCCCGUGGUUUCUGUACUGCCAAGCAGAGAGCAAAUCCAGUGUGACCCAGAGUGUAUUCAGGUGACCAGACAAGUUCCCCAUGACAACUGGAACAAUGAGUUGCAUUGGUCGCUUUCUCUGAGCGAUCACCUCAUCGUAGCUCUGGAGGAUGCUAGCCUGAUUCAGAUGAACGUGGACACCAGUGGACCAGACAUUACAGUUCAAGGCAGGAGAAGGGAAGUCUUGAGCCCUGUCAAAAUAUCGCAAAAUGAAGGGGAAUUCCUGGCAUUGAAGAUGGUCAGUGGUCAGUAUGCCUAUAGUAUGGAAGCUACUUGUCCAAAAGGUGGGUAG